AUGAGGGUUAAACGGAACAAACACAAACCAAUCAUAUUCAGCAACUGUAAAAACGUUUUGGCGACAGCUAUGAUGUUUUACUUUGCCGCAAAUCUCGUUUUCGGAGCGGAAGAGAACGAAACUCAAUUUUGCAGAAGUGGAUGGUCUGAAUUCGUGAACGACAGGAAGAAAUAUGAAAGUGAAUGUUUAAAUGAAGAUAGUGUGAGAGCGUCACCGUGUUGUAAGGCGACAGCUGGCUAUCUUGAACAGCGAUAUGAAAACUAUAUAAAGUGGUGUCCCAUUGUGGGUAAGUUCUUCGACGUAGAUCAGGCAAAAAGUUAA